CAUUGAAGUCCCAAUGACACAGUCCUCAUAAUCUCAUCAUUGUCACGUCGCUUUUAAGUAUCCAUCUCCCAAAAAAACCUCCCAGAAUUUCACGCCUCCCUUUUUUCUCUAAAUCAAAUUUCACCAUAGUGUUAGUAUGGUCAACCUACCUAUUGUUGUUUGUUGUUUGUUACUCCAUUUUCUCUCUCAUUAAUCUGCAAACCUCUCCCUUUGUUUCCUCGUCAAGUCUCCAUCUCUGACCCUCCCAAACCCUAUUUGUCUACAUUUCUCUUCAGAUUACACAAUUCCAAUUCCAAUUCCAAUUCUACUAUUUAUACACACAUAUGCACUUUGCUUCGCUGCAUAACUAAAUAGCAAUACUAAUGUGGACGAUUGCGAUGGAUAGUAAUAGCAGCAAGAAGCUCCGCCCUCUGAUGCCGCGCCCAAUCUAUUCAUCUUCUUCCUCCUCCUCCUGCUGCUGCCUACCAAACCCUAAUAUCUGGAGCAAUUCCUUAACUGAUCAUCAUCAUCACAAGAGAGAGAUGCCGCUGGUGAGCACGAGGUGGAACCCUACGCCGGAGCAACUGCAGGCGCUUGAGGAAAUGUACAGACGCGGAAUCCGAACUCCUUCGGCGGAGCAGAUUCAGCAGAUCGCAGCCAAACUCCGGCGGUUUGGAAAAAUCGAAGGCAAAAACGUUUUCUACUGGUUUCAAAACCACAAGGCGAGAGAGCGACAGAAGAAACGUCGUCAGCUUGAGCUCCAUCUGGCCGCCAAAAAACCCCCACCUGGAGUGAGCAGGAGAUAUAUGGAAAUUGAGCAACACGGGAAGGUCCCUAUAGGCUCAAAUUCAGAGGAUUCUGCAUCAAUGCAUGGCGCAGUGAUUGCUGCUGACAGUGGAAAAGAUGGAUGGAAGAAGCACAAAGAAUUGGAAUUGAAUUGGCAACUGGAUUUGGAUUUGGAUUUGGAUUUGGACUUGUCUAACAUUUCUUCAUCUUCUUCUACUGGACAAGAGAACACCAAACCCUACUAUCCCUAUCACCACCAAACUACUACUACUACACUUCACCUCUUUCCCAGCCCACAACAAGAAACCAGUACCCUUCUUCACCUUCCUCAUACUUUUACCAAGCCUUCUAACUUCAUCGAGUUUCUUCCUAUUAAAAACUAAUUCGCUCUCAUGCACCUGCUGCAACUCUCUCUUCUCUUCUAGUGCGUGUUAUAUAUGUAACAUUAAUUCUACUCAUUUCUAGAUUACCUACCAAUAUGUACCAUCUUAAUUAGCUUUCAUUUACUUACCACCUACUAUACUUUGUGUU